UGUUUCCUUUCUUUCAAGUGGGAGCCUUUAAAAGACCACAGUUGCUGGUUUUGGUUUAGUUAAACCGACAUCAUGGUAUCAGAGAAAGACGCUCUCGUGGCUGCUGCUGUUUUUGUUUUUGUCCUCAUUUCACACGGUGAGGGUAUAAUUGGUGGCAGAGAGGCAGAGCCACACUCUCGCCCCUACAUGGCCUCCAUCCAGGUGCCAGAAGGAGAGAAUAUGAAACAUGAGUGUGGCGGGUUUGUGAUUGCAGAUCAGUGGGUGAUGACUGCAGUACACUGUCUGCCAACAGGGCCAAAUGGAAGGAAAGUAGUGCUGGGUGUCCAUUCUCUGAGUGAACCUGAAGAAACAAAGCAGACGUUUGAUAUUUUGGAACUUUACAAUCACCCAAACUUCAGCGAGUCAAAUUAUGAUAAUGACAUUGCUUUAAUUAAGCUGGAUCGUCCAUUCAACAUCUCAGAAGCUGUUAAAGCAGUAGAAUACCUGCGAGCAGAUGGCACAAACCCCGGCACAGAUGCCAAGGUCGACACAGCCGGCUGGGGUUCCCUCGAUAACUUGGGGUCCAGACCAGACAAGCUCAAAGAGGUGGUCGUUGAGGUGGUCAGCUCGACUCGGUGCAGACGUAGCGACUACUUUGGCAGAAAGUUCACCGAUAACAUGAUAUGUGCACAUAAAGUAUGCCCAGACCCCUGUGAUCAACCAUAUAAGAAAGAAGACAGUUGUGAUGGUGACUCUGGAGGUCCUCUGCUCUACAAUGGUAUUGCAGUGGGCAUUACUUCCAAUGGAGGAAAGAAGUGUGGUCAAAUUAAAAAGCCUGGAAUUUACACUAUCAUCUCCCACUACACUGAGUGGAUUGACAACACCAUGGCCCUGCAGCCUGCUGCAACACAGGACCAGAGCAGUUAAAUAAAGAAGAGCAAGCAUUAUAGUUAGCCUAUUGGUGGAACAUUACAGUUUUUGGCAGCAGCCAUCCACCACAGUCCUGCUUCCACGGAUUAUUCUACCUGGACAUUAAGCUAAUGUGUUUAUUUGUUAGACAGAAGUAUUCUCAUUUGUAACCAAUGUAUGACUCUAGAGACAGACAGUGAUCAAAUCACUUUAUAAAUAAAAUCAAUAAAAUACAGUUUAUCACAUUCAAA